GUUUCUGAUUGAUGCCAUUUCCACCUGACAGAUGUACAAACCUCUGAAUGUUGCUAUAACACUGAGUCUCCUACGAAUUUGGUCCACAAGAGAUUUGAUUACCGUGCAGUCAGAUUCAAAGGUUACUUUGGACUCAUUUGGAAACUGGAGAAAGACAGUCUUGCUGAGGGAGCAAAAUCAUGAUUGUGCUCAUUUACUCACGGACAUUACGUUCACUAAAAACGUUAUAGGAGUGGCUUACAAGAAAGGCAUGUGCGAUCCGAAACUUUCUGUAGGACUUGUUCAGGAUUAUAGCUCAAACGUUUUUGUGGUUGCAGCUAUAAUGACCCAUGAGCUCGGUCAUAAUCUGGGCAUGGAACACGAUGAAGACGAAAAUGGAAAGAAGUGUAAAUGUGACACAUGCAUUAUGUCUCCCGCGAUAAGCGAUCCACCAGCCCAGAAAUAUCAGAUCUGUAGCAACAGGCAGUGUGUUGAUGUGACUACAGCCUACUAA